GGGACCGCCAGCAGGAUGCUCUUCCCCGCUUCUGUCCAGGAGUCUCCGCGUGGUUUGCCCGACACCAGCGACCUGUGCCUUGGAUUGCAGUCCCUCAGCCUGCCAGGGUGGGAUAGGCCGUGGAGCACCCAGGACACAGAUGCUGCAGCCCAGUCAAGCACGCAGUCUGUUCUCAACAUGCUCAGCCAUCCUUUCGGGAAGCCGUCGCUGGGCUUCCUGCCACUCAAUCCCAUCGGCUCAGAGCUGAGCGAGAACCUUGCGACUCCCACCUUGAGGGCCUCCCGCUUGGACAGCAGCCGUUCCCUUCUCUAUUCUCGUUCCAGCAGCCCCUCCGACUCCGACACCAGUGGAUUCAGCUCUGGAUCUGACCACCUUUCAGAUCUGAUCUCAAGUCUCCGUAUCUCACCUCUGCCGUUCCUGCCUGUCGGCGGCAUCACCAGAGAUUCCUUGAAUGGAGCAGGAUCUCACCUGGAUCAAGAGCAGGCUGCCUUGGCUGCUCUUACCUCCUCCACCCCAGCCACCUUGUCCAAGCAGUGGCCUAGGGCCACUUCCUGGCCAUCCUGGAACAUCACCGAUUCUCCAGACGACCCCUUCAGCAUCGAAAGAGAAGCCAGGCUCCACAAGCAAGCCGCAGCUAUGAACGAAGCAACCUGCACUUGGAGUGGGCAGCUCCCACCUCGAAACUACAAAAACCCCGUUUACUCCUGCAAGGUGUUUUUAGGAGGUGUUCCCUGGGACAUCACAGAAGCGGGUCUGAUCAGCAGCUUCCGCGUGUUUGGCUCGCUGAGAGUGGAGUGGCCUGGUAAGGAUAGCAAGCAUCCCCGCUGCCCUCCGAAAGGUAAUAUGCCUAAAGGUUAUGCCUACCUGGUGUUUGAAUCUGAGAAGUCUGUACGUGCCUUGCUCCAAAAUUGCUCCCGAGAUAUGCUGAGCCCCAGUGGCCUAAGCGAAUACUACUUCAAGAUGUCCAGCCGUAGAAUGAGGUGCAAGGAGGUGCAAGUGAUCCCCUGGGUCUUGGCCGAUAGCAACUUCGUGCGCAGCCCAACUCAGAGGCUUGACCCUGGGAAGACGGUCUUCGUGGGAGCCCUUCACGGGAUGAUGAAUGCAGAGGCCCUGGCGGGAAUCCUUAACGAUCUGUUUGGCGGGGUUGUCUAUGCAGGUAUUGACACAGACAAGCACAAGUAUCCCAUUGGGUCUGGACGUGUCACCUUUAACAACCAGCGUAGCUAUCUGAAAGCAGUCAGUGCUGCAUUUGUGGAGAUCAAAACAACAAAGUUUACAAAAAAGGUUCAGAUUGAUCCGUAUCUAGAAGAUGCCAUGUGUCAGAUUUGCGGAUCUCAGCCAGGUCCUUUCUUCUGUAGAGAUCAGAUGUGCUUCAAAUACUUCUGUCGCACUUGCUGGCACUUGAAGCAUUCCAUGGAAAUCCUACACCACCACCGUCCAUUGAUGCGUAACCAGAAGAACCGUGACGCCAGCUAG